UUCCGUCGUUACCUGGACCAAGACGGGUCUAUGGUACUAGGUGAGGCCGUUUCGUCACUAAGUUGGUUAGGGGAGCGGUAUAUGAAAACAGUACGGAAGAAAGCAGAAGGGGAAUUAUUUGCUUGUAGCGUGAAAGAGACAGACUGAUCACGAGCGAGCUUCGCCACUAGCGUAUUGUGUAUUGUUUACAAACAAAACACAGUAGACUUCCAAGAUGGCUGAAGAGUCGUUUUAGCAAGUUGGCCCACCUUAGGAUAUACUUCUAGGCGCCUUGACCUGGACAUUAGAUUUGAUUUCAUCCGAAGAAAUAAAAUUUCACUAGGACAGUGAGAUGGCGUUUGUUAGUAACAACCUUUACCAGUGCAGCUUUUGCUCCAAUAUAUGCAAUGAGGAAUUCCAUCACGUGCUGGUCCCUCCUAACCAAGAGCAGAAGCUAAAAACCAUCCUGCAAAAGUUGAGUAGUUCCACAUCCCAGUUGAGUAGUUAUCCUACAUGCGACAAAUGUCGUCAAGAACUCAUAACCGUCCACAACAUUUCCGAGAGCUGCUUCCAAAUUUUGCCCAGCGUCGCCGAACCGGCUGACAUCAAGAUAGAGGCAGAGUUAAUGAUUGAUGACCACGAGCUGCCGGAUAAUGGAAAUAUUUUCGAGAGAGACUCAAUGGUGGACCAUGGGCCGAUCGAAUUCGAAGACAAAGUACAUAUCAAAAAAGAAAGCGAAGAGGUUUUCUUCCGCAAGGAAAUAGACGAAGAAGUCGACAAAACAUCAAUAAAUUCGGUGGAUAGAACAGAGAGUGAUUUGGAUGCUCUGCAGAAGGGAGUUCACUCAUCUUCAGUUCGCCAUAAACGUAAGAAUGAAUCUAUUUCAGCAGAGAAAUCGUUUGAAUGUGAGAAAUGCGAAAAAACAUUUGUCACAAACUACAGACUAAAAGUGCACAUUCGAACUCAUACGGGUGAACGCCCUUAUUCUUGUGUACAUUGUUCGAAAGCGUUUGUGGAUGCUACAGUGCUCCAGCAGCACAUUCGUACUCACUCGGACGAACGUCCUUAUUCUUGUUCAGAUUGUCCGAAAGCGUUUAAGCAACUUUCAACCCUCCGACAGCACAAGCGAGCUCAUACGGAUGAACGUUCUUAUUUUUGCCCACAUUGCCCGAAAACAUAUAAGCGAUCUUCAGCGCUACACCAGCACAUUCGAACUCAUACCGGUAAACGAAGCACACGUAAUUUGGAUGAUUCACACAAGGAAUUCACGGACGAAGGUUCUACGAAAGACCAAAUAUGUAACCGGGAAAAUCCGUAUGGAUGUGAAAAAUGUGAAAAAUCAUUUGUCUCGAAAUACAGACUAAGAGUGCACAUUCGAACUCAUACGGGUGAACGUCCUCUUUCUUGUCCACAUUGUUCGAAAGCGUUUAAGGAUCCUACAACGCUUCAACAGCACAUUCGAACUCAUACGGGCGAACGUCCCUACUCUUGUCCACAUUGUCCGAAUGCGUUUAAGCAAGCUUCAACGCUCCAACAGCACAUCCGAACUCACACGGGAGAUCGUCCCUAUCCCUGUUCGCAUUGUCCGAGGGCGUUUAAGAAUCGUAAAAACCUUCAACAACACAUUCGAACUCAUACGGGUGAACUUCCUCUUUCUUGUCCACAUUGUUCGAAAGCGUUUUUACAACAUAAAUCACUCAAACUUCAUAUGCGAACACAUACGGGUGAACGUCCCUAUGCUUGUCCACAUUGUCCCAGAACGUUUGCAAACACUACAGCAUUGCAUAGGCACAAUCGGAUACACACCAAAGAGAAGCCACACGUUUCCGAGUAGUGUAAGCGAGGUUUUGCCCAGUCCUUCAACCUUACCAUGCAUCUCCCUCGUCAGCACAUCCAGAUCAAAUAGUGAACACAAUCAUGUUCGAUAAAGACACAUGAUUCAGGGCAGGAAUCAUAGGUAUUACGGACGGGGACAACGAAAUAAUAACAAAAUAAAAGGUGUACGCGUUUUCUUCUGGCAGUGAUUGACGAACAUUGACGUGUGCUCUUCAGUUCUCACAACGAGGUCCGCUUGAAAAUACAGGAGUUUUAAAUGCGAUUCAUCUACAACAUCGACGUUACAUUCAUGUCACGUCACCCAACGAUACGUCAAUUACUACGUCAAACAUUCACAUAAAGGGUGUGUCACAUCAAAUUGCAUCACGGAAAAAACGCUGUAGAAAUUCGCCCAGUAGACCGAUCCUUUUGAAAAUUUUAGACAGUAAAAUAAAAACUGUUAAACAACUUUUGGCAUUUUCUUUUUAUUCAUACUUCGAGCCCAAGCCCGUAUUCUCGCACCUUCCUCUUUACCCCGUCCA